AUGUCCAACGGCAGCUCCAUGACCGAGUUCCUCCUCCUGGCAUUUGCAGACACACGGGAGCUGCAGCUCUUGCACUUCUGGCUCUUCCUGGGCAUCUACCUGGCUGCCCUCCUGGGCAAUGGCCUCAUCAUCACCACCAUAGCAUGCGACCACCACCUUCACACCCCCAUGUACUUCUUCCUCCUCAACCUCUCCCUCCUCGACCUGGGCUCCAUCUCCACCACUGUGCCCAAAGCCAUGACGAAUUCCCUGUGGGACACCAGGGCCAUCUGCUAUGGCGGAUGUGCUGCACAGGUCUUUAUGUUUCUAUCUUUUACAUCAUCAGAAUAUUUUCUUCUCACUGUCAUGGCCUACGACCGCUAUGUUGCCAUCUGCAAACCCCUG